GCGCGCACUUUCGGUUUUCGAGCUGCUGUUUGCCGCCAGGGUUCCCGCGACCCCAACGUCCCAGAGGCGGGGCGGGAGUCCGCGGAGGAGCUCCUAGGAGCCAGCUGCUAUUCUGGACCAACAAGUAGACCCCAGCUCCGCGGAGGAUACUGAGGGUUUGAAAUUGAAUAAAUCACUCACCAAAUAUCAUGGAGACUAUAUAUCCUCUUACAAGGCCCCAGAUGAAUACCAGGUUUUCUUCAAGCAAAAUGGUACCUUUCCACUUUCCUCUAUCAAAGUGUGCACUUUGGAAUCCAAUGCCAACUGGAGAUUUUAUCUACUUACAUCUCAAUUACUUCAGAAAUCCAAAGCUUGUGGUGACUGAAAAAACCAUCCGACUUGCUUACCGUCAUGCUAAGCAAAAUAAAAAAAAUGUGCCAUGUUUCUUGCUUGGUUCUCUCACAGUGGAUGAUGAUGAAGAAGGUGUAACAUUGACAGUAGAUCGCUUUGAUCCUGGUCGAGAAAUACCUGGGUGCUUAGAAAGAACUCCUACUGCUUCUCUUCCUGGGGACUUUCUGAUCCCCUGCAAAGUUCAUACUCAAGGAGUUUGUUCAAGAGAAAUGACAGUUGAUAAUGUAGAUGACUUCAGUUCAACUUUUAAAGCUCUGCAGCACCAUGUAUGUAGCAAAGAUUCCUUGGACUGUGGUAAACUGCUUUCUGUGCGAGCUCAUAUCACUUCCAAGGAGAGUUUGGACAGUGUGGAUUUUGACUUGUAUUGGGAAGCAAUAACUCUGGCAAAUAGCUUCAAAUGUGCACCUGUGAAGCCCAUCCCCAUUAUCCCAACAGCUCUGGCAAGAAAUUUGAACAGUAAUCUGAAUAUUUCUCAAGUUCAAAGUACCUAUAAAUAUGGAUAUCUUACCAUGGAUGAGACACGCAAAUUGUUACUUUUGCUGGAAUCUGAUCCCAAGGUUUGUUCUCUACCAUUAGUGGGAAUUUGGCUGUCUGGAAUUCUAUAUAUCUACAGUCCUCAGGUAUGGGCUUGCUGCUUGCGAUAUAUGUUCAGUUCUUCUAUUCAAGAAAGGGUUUUUUCAGAAUCUGGAAAUUUCAUCAUAGUUCUCUAUUCCUUGACACAUAAGGAACCAGAGUUUUAUGAAUGCCACCCUUGUGAUGACAGGAUAGCUGAUCUUCAAUUUCGCUUACUAACCAGCAAGGAAACGUUGCAUCUUUUCAGUAAUGUUCAACCUUCUGACAAAAAUCCGAUCCGUUUUGAACUAAGUUCAGAAAGCCAAGAUGCAGAAACUGAGUUUUUCAGCAAAAUUUCUAAGAGUCUUUCAGUUAAGAGAUUUUCCCAAAAGUUAAUUCCUGGGGAAAUACCAAUAAGUAAUCCUGACCCUGGUGUUGAAGAUGAAGACUUUUCUCCAAGACCGAUUCCUAGUCCUCAUCCAGUGAGCCAGAAGAUUUCUAAGAUCCAGCCAUCAGUUCCUGAACUUUCACUUGUAUUCGAUGGCAAUUUCAAAGAAUCAAAUCAUCUGUCUAACACAUUGGCUUUGGUGAAUACUGAAAAUCCUCCUUUGUUGACCAGCCAUUCUGAACACUUGAAGCCCUUGCAACCUGAGUUACAUGACGAGAAAUCCAGCCCAGAAACUGAGGCUGCACAGAUACCAAAUCAGUUAACCCAGGAUACUGCUUCUUUGAAGCACUAUAAAGUAAAACAGCCAUCUACCUGUAAGAAAGGGAGCUCCUAUUUGGGGAAUGAUAUUGUUAAACCAUGUCCUCUUAAUGUGCUACCCCCUGAUGUAUCUGAGAAGCUUCAGGCGGUUGUUGCUGGAAAUGUCCAAAAAGAAGAGUGCCCUGGAAGACCCUCUACAUUUGAGUCUAGGCAGUCUUUUCUUGCUUCACAGUCCUACCCACACAAUUUUGUUUUUUCACCCUGUCAAUCAGGAAGACCAGUGGAACUUCAGAUACCUCCUCCACCGCUGCCAUCUUACUCCACGAAUGUUUGCCGCUGUUGUCAGCAUCACAGUCAUAUUCAACCUAGCCCCAUAAAUUCUUGGAAAGGGAUAAAUACAUUAGGGCCUGUUCAAGAUUUCCAGUCGGAAGCACUUCAGAAGCAUUCAUUAUUUCACCCAAGUGGAUGUCCAGCUCUGUACCAUAAUGCAUUCUGUUCUUCAAGUAGUCCUCUAGGCUUGAGACCUCAGGGAGGCAUGGACAACAGUAGAGAAACAUCACCUGUGGUCAGGCCGUCCCAUCUGGACUCGUGUAACCCACACCCUUGUGCGUUGUGUACACACACACCCACGACUGGGUCAGAUAACGGAAUGAUGGGAUUAUCUCCAGAUGCUUAUCGAUUCGUCACAGAGCAAGACAGACAGCUGAGACUACUUCAGGCGCAGAUUCAGCGUUUAUUGGAAGCUCAGUCUCUCAAUCCUAUUUCCCCAAAGAAAACCACUGUUGAAGAUACAGUGCAAGAUACAAGACAGGUGGAACUGGUUUCCAUGGCAGCACAACCUUCUCCUGACUUGCACAUGAGAAAAAGUGUAAGCAUUGCUGUGAGCACAGGUGCCAGCUUGUUUUGGAAUGCAGCAGGUGCUGAUCAAGAGCCCGACUCUCAGCUGAAACAAGAUGACACCAAGAUUUCCAGUGAGGACAUGGAUUUUUCUGUUGAUAUUAAUAAUGAAGUCACAAGUCUUCCAGGUAGUGCAUCUUCAUUAAAAGCAGUUGAUAUUCCCAGCUUUGAAGAUAGCAGUGUUCCUGUGGAAGAAGAAUUUAAUCGCCCCCUUUCUGAACUCAACAGCUCUUCAGAUGUGAGAAAAGAACCCGGUGUGCCUGUGUUCUUUCCAAAUGCUGUCCUGGCAGAGAGUGUGAGCAUGUGCUUACAGGCUGGGCCAACAGAGGGUGCCAGUAGCAAUGCUGAGACCUCAGGAGAACCAAAGCUUGAGCAAGUCAGUCAAUCCUCGCCUCAUCAGAUAUCAGACAGCCAGAAGAUUUACCAGGAUUUACUGGGUCAAGUGAAUCAUCUAUUAAGUAACUCCUUGAAAGAAACAGAGCAACCAUCUACCAAAGCAGUAGUUAUCAGCCAUGAAUGUACCAGAACGCAAAAUGUUUACCGUACAAAGAAAAAAAAACACAGUCCAGGACUGGUGGAGAAAGAUUGUGUUCUUAAUGCGACACUUAAGCAACUAAGAAACCUGGGAGUAAAAAUUGAUUCUCCUACUAAAGUGAAGAAAAAUGCACAUAAAGUAGAUCAUGCCAGUGUGUUGGCAUGCAUCAGCCCAGAAGCAGUGAUCUCUGGAUUAAACUACAUGUCCUUUGCUAAUGUUGGCAUGAGUGGUUUAACCUCCACUGGUGUGGAUUUGAGCAUGGAGGCAAACGCUAUAGCUCUGAAAUAUUUAAAUGAAAAUCAGCUCUCGCAACUCUCUCUCACUCGAUCAAACCAAAAUAACAGUGACUCAUCUUUUAGUCUUCUGCAUAUCAAUACAGACAGAAGCACAAUGGGGCUUAACUUAAUUUCACCAAGCAACAUGUCAUUUGCAACUAAAAAAUACAUGCAGAGAUAUGGACUCAUACAAAGCAGUGACAAUAGUGAGGAUGAAGAGGAGCCUCCCAACCAUGCCGAUAGCAAGAGUGACCAUUUGUUGAAUCAAAACUCUACACCUAUAUCUGUACAAUGUGGUCUUCAGAAAGAGCCUAGGAAUGCCUGUGAAAUAAUUAAUUGUUGUAACUGCGAAUCCAUGGACACACACAAAGAGAUGCCAGUAUUAAGAAAUAUUACAAAUGAAAUUGUCCAGUCUAAAGCAACACAGAAGUUGAAUGAAAAUCUGUCUGUAUUAAAGAACCUUAAACCAAGCCCUGCAACAAACUUCCGAACUGGAAAAGCACAGUUUACUCAACAUCCUGAGAAAGAAAAUGAAAGGGACAUUCCAGUUUUUCCUGAAAGUUUGCAACCUUCUGAAACUUUAAAUCAAAUGAAUAGUAUGAACUCAGUAGGUACCUUUUUAGAUGUAAAGCGUCUCAGACAGUUGCCCAAAUUAUUCUAAACCUUCUUUAACACCCUCCUUUCCAAUACAGAUCUGGGUGUGUCCUGAAGGUACUUAGAGAAGCCAGAGCCUUUUUGGUAGUUUUGAGAUUCCUAAUCAUUGUAGGAGUCAAUCUGCUUCUUAGUAUCAGCUAGUUACAAAGAACUAAACUAGUGACUUGUCUGUGAGCUGGAAGGCUAGUGGGAAAGCCAACUUAUUCAAAUAGAGCUUUACAGCAUUACUGAAACUAAGAAAAGAAAAAAACCCUAAGAUCAGUUAAUUUCAGCAAAUUUAGGUAAACAGACGCUGUUCAACUCUGACUCUGAAUUGCUAUUUUAUGCUGUGUAUUUCACAAAGUCCACUUUUCUAGCAUGUUACAUCUCUGCAUAUCAGUAAAACAACAUACAGCUAUUGUGACUCAAGUCGAAUUAGCAAAACCCGUCCCCUCUUGAGUUUAAAAAGAAUGUUAUUUUUUAAAAUAACUGAAGAUCAGGGCUGGGGAUUUAGCUCUGUGGUGCCGC